UAUGUCUAAGUAAUCUAAAUAAGUAAGUACACAAUUUCAUUCUUAGAUUCCAUAAAAUACAUUCAAUAAACAAUUAAAUAUUCAAACAUCUUCAACUCCAAAACCAAAAAUUGAUGAUAUCUCAACAACAUAAAAACCCCUCCAAAAUUUAUCAAAUGUUCCAACUCGUACAUAAGAAGACUAAGUAAAGAGAACCUAACCUAGAUCUCCUAUUAGAUAAACUUUUGAAAAGAAAACAUUGGAAAAUAAAUCAUCUAUAUCCAAUUUUGAUGAAAAACCUAUUCCUAAGAUUCUUUAAAGAGGCAAAUCUCCAUAAUCUAAUUAAACUACAAGAAAUAUAAAUACUAAAACUCAAGAUCAAUAGUAAUCUGAAAAACAAUUUACUUAAUAAAAAUAACCAAUUUAAUUCAAAUCUAAUGAACCUGAUUAACUACCUAUAAAUUAGUCUAAUUUUGAGAAAUCAUAACCCAAUAUAAGUAAAUAAUAAGUUUCUGUUUAAUCAAAAUAACAAACAAAACUUUAACUUUAAUCUAAUUAACUGAAAUCUUAAAAUAAUUAAUAAUAACAAUAAUCACUUAGACCAAAGACAGCCUCAACAUCAUCUUAAUUAUAAUUAAAAUAAACAACCCAAUAAGAUUAAUAACUUAAAUCUAUUAAAUAGGAUUCACUAUCAAAAACUAAUACCUAAUAAACAAAGUCAUAAUUGGCUCUUAAUAAAAAAUAGGAAUUACCAAAUAAACAAAGAUAGCAACCAUUGUUGAAAGGGGAAUAAGUUGUUGAGGAGAAACUCUAUUAAUGUACAGAGGGAUGUGGAAGAUCAUUCAAUGCCAAAGCCUUAGAAAAGCAUUCAAAGGUAAAUAUGAGAAUUUAAUAAUAAUAUAGAUUUGUAAGAAAGUAUUCCAAUAGAAGAGAAAAGUUUUCAAUUCAUAAAAGUAAAGAUUAAUAGAAGUUGAAGAGAAUGGACAAAAUAGAGGAGGGGCAAUGAAAAAAUAAAUACAAAAAUAACCAAUUAAAUAAGGUUAAAAGUAAUAGUAGGUAAAAAAUGAGAAACCAAAAUGGAAAGCUUAAAGUGAAGCCUUUAGAGCAAUAAUAAGGUAGGCUAAAGGAAAGAAAUUAACAAAAGAAGAAUAGGUAUCAUUGAAUGGGGCUAUGGAGAGUGCUUAAGAUUUAGUGUAAUGCAAGUUUUGCAACAGAAAGUUUAAUGCUGAGGCAGCUAAGAAACAUAUAGUAUUUUGUGAGACAAAAGCAAAAUAGUGUGGAAAGAGUGGGAUGUAAAAGAAAAAGAAAUGAUU